AUGGAGGAUCUGAAGAAGAAGUACGAAGAGCUGACUCGUAAGUUGGCUGCAAAGGAGGAAAAAACCCUUGCUUCGGGGUUUAUGGAUAACACCGACCUGCCUUUCACUGAUCGAGUGUUAAGUUUCCCUUUGCCUGAAAACUUCAAGAUGCCUCGCUUCAAGGAGUUUAACGGUAGUGGCGACCCUUCUAAACAUAUGGAAAGCGUCCGUGUUCACUUUUCCCUUCAUAGGUUUCCGGAUGAAAUAGCAUGCAGAACCUUUCCUCUCACUUUGGAAGGAGUUGCUCAGGACUGGUUUGCCAGAUUGCCUGCCAAGUCAAUAGACAGUUUCAAAGAACUUGGAAAUCUCUUUUUAAGCCAAUUCCUGGCUACCAAGAAGAGGAGGAAGCACUCGGCUUGCUUACUGUCAUUGCGUCAAGGGAAGGAAGAAAGCCUGAAAGAUUUUAUGCAUAGGUUCAAUAAAGAAAAAUUAUUAGUGGAUAACUCGGGGGAUCAAACGGUAUUAUCCGCAUUAUGGCAUGGAGUCAGGCCAAAUGGGCCUCUAAUGGCCGAAGAGGAAGAAGACCGGGAGAAGGAGGAUGCCAAAAAGGAAGAGGACGCCAAAAAGGAGCCACUUAUAGCAUCUGCUCUGAAGGAAGAAAGGUUUCAGAAGAGAAUAAUAAAGAAGACUGUACCAUCAGUCCCAAAGACAGAACCCCGGCGGCGUGAAGAUCGAAGGUUCACACCUUUGAAUACCAGGGUCAACGAGGUAUUUAUGGAAAUCAGAAGAGACCCAGCAUUCAGGUGGCCGAGUAAGUUGCGGGGUGAUCCGAAGAAGCGAGAUCGGACGAAGUUCUGCGGGUACCAUAAUGAUCACGGGCAUUUGACGGAAGACUGUAUAACCUUGCGACAUGAAAUUGAAACUUUCAUUAGAAAUGGAAGGCUGGUAAGAUUCCUAGCAGGAGAAGGGAACCGAGGCGCGGUGCACCAGCAGCCUCUCCUAUUAGAUGCAAAUCAAGCUGAAGGGGCACGAGAGCCGAGACGUGAUCGGGAUGAUGGUCCUAGAAAAGAUCCGAGACCCCCUCGGGAUCAAGGAGUAGUAGGUGAGAUCCACACCAUCACUGGAGGAAUAGCUGGUGGAGGACAGUCUAAUUCGGCUAGGAAAGCCCACGCUAGAAAAACACAGGCCGAGGAGAUCUUUACAGUACAGAGAUCGUCCAAAGUUGCAAGAAAGGAUUCAAUGACCCUUUCUUUCUCUGAAGAAGAAGCCAGGGGUAAUGCAGCCACAUGA